AUGUCUCUCCCUCCUGUCUACAUUGUUUCCGCCGCCCGCACGCCUGUAGGCUCAUUCCUCGGCUCUUUGUCUUCCUUGUCCGCGACUCAGCUCGGCUCUCAUGCCAUCAAAGGAGCUGUGGAGAGAGCUGAGGGCCUGAACCCCGCCGAUGUCGAGGAAGUGUACUUUGGAAACGUUCUAUCGGCGAAUGUCGGACAACACCCUGCACGACAAGCCGCGCUCGGUGCCGGGCUGCAAAACACUACCGUGUGCACAAAUGUGAACAAAGUCUGCGCUUCUGGCCUGAAGGCCAUCAUGCUUGGUGCCCAGACCAUCCAAACCGGUGGCGCCGACAUUGUCGUUGCCGGAGGCAUGGAGUCCAUGUCCAAUACCCCCCAUUACCUUCCCAGCCUGCGCAAUGGUGCCAAAUUCGGCAACCAGACCUUGGUCGACGGCAUCUCGAAAGACGGUCUUACCGACGCAUACAAGCAGGAACUCAUGGGUAUGGCGGCAGAGGAGUGUGCCCAGGAUCACGAUUUCAACCGCGAGCAACAGGAUGAAUACGCCAUUCGCUCAUACCAAAAGGCCCAGGCUGCACAGAAGGAGGGUCUGCUAGAUGGUGAAAUUGUCCCAAUUGAACUACCUGGCUUCAGGGGCAAGCCUGGUGUGACUGUGUCGCAGGACGAAGAACCCAAGAAUCUUAACCCUGAUAAACUCCGCGCAAUCAAGCCUGCGUUUAUCCCAGGUUCUGGAACUGUGACCGCACCAAACUCCUCUCCACUCAACGAUGGUGCCGCUGCUGUCGUUCUUGUCUCCGAAGCCAAACUAAAAGAACUCAACUUGAAGCCCAUUGCCAAAAUCCUUGCCUUUGCCGAUGCUGAACAACAACCCACAAAAUUCACAACCUCCCCCGCGCUCGCCAUCCCCAAGGCUUUGAAGAAAGCAGGCGUCUCUCAGGACAGCAUCGAUGCAUUCGAGAUCAACGAGGCGUUCAGCGUCGUUGCACUUGCAAACUUGAAAUUGCUCGGACUUUCAGAAGACAAGGUGAACAUCCACGGUGGAGCCGUUGCUAUCGGCCAUCCUCUUGGUGCCAGCGGUGCCCGUAUCCUUGUCACGCUCUUGGGAGUUCUCAAGGCUAAGAAUGGCAAGCUUGGAUGUGCCGGUAUUUGCAACGGUGGCGGUGGUGCCAGUGCUCUUGUCCUGGAAUCGCUCCUGUAA